CGUGGUUCGAUUCAUGCAUCGGGAGAAUUCGAUAUGUCAUAAUUUGUAGUGCAUACAUACGUGACAACUAGUUGUGAUAUGUGACAGGAAAAUAAGGAGUAUAACUUUACAUAUCCUUGUUUUGUAUAUAUUGAAAAAUUGUUCGACAGUUAUUAACGCGAUGCUGUAGCAUCUACGAAGAAUGACGGAAAGUCUGAUUCACGAAUGGCUUGCUGAUUGCGCCGAUUUAUCACCCACGGAAUUGCACACAUUUGCUAGCACUCUCUCGCAAGAUAAUGAAAUCGUACGAGCCCUCUACGCCGUACUCGACGAACGCAGCAAGAACAGUCAGCUAGUAGAUACAGUUUGCAAUCAACUGUAUGGAUUUUAUCGAUCCCGUGAAAUUGAACUGCAAAAAUUUACUCUUCAAUUUCUGCCGACUCUGAUGUACAUUUAUUUGAACUCUGUUGCACAUGGAGAUAAAAAGAGUUGUCGCACUGUUGAGACGCUACUGAUUGGUCUAUACAACUUGGAAGUUGUUGAUGAAUCUGGGCAGCCCAAAGCAGUUUCAUUCAGACUACCUUCACUUGCUAUGCCUUCAAUCUAUCACGAGCCGAUGAGCUUGGCACCAGCAUCUCUAACGGAAAGUGCAUUGCGUCGUUUGGAAGAAUGUAAUACCAAGUUAGUCAGUUGGGGUCCAUUACCACAAGUCGAAGCUUUGAAUGCGCAGAAUAGAUUGAAAGUGAUGACAGCAUUGCUUUUUGUCUACAACCAGCAGCUCAGUCGUCUAGAUAAAUCGGCUCUUGAACAGCUCUGCAAAGUUGCUACCAAACUCGUGACACAAGGAUUCACAAAACCAGGUCAUCAUCAAAGAUCGUCCUAUGGAAGUGAUUCAAGUUUUGUUCCAAGACUUUUACCACGUAUACCCGUAUCGGCGCAGUUUCUGCUUGAAUUUCUCCACGCUGUUUAUUUUGCCAUGUACAACAAUUGUUGGUACGUAGGAAGUCAAGCAAUAGAAGAUAUCCAUAACAGAGCAUGUUUUGAAGCAUACCCAGAUGUGAUGCUGGUGACCAACGCAAUUCGAAAUUCUAGCAGCUCUGGCUCGUCUGGACAACCUGGAGACGGACCGAUGGGCAUCAGCGUUGCAUUGUCCCCGGCAACGGCCACUGUUACUGUUUCUAAGUCAAUGAUUACCAAUGCAUCAUUUCGUACCAAAAAAUUGCCAGAUGAUAUUCCAAUUCAGGCUGUAAAGGAUGAUUCAGGGGGUGAAGGUAAGGGCAACCUAGUUUCUAUCACCGAAGAACAAGAAACAGGGGAUACCAGCCGUGCCGGCUCCUUGCGUCAGCCAAAGGAUUCCAAGGGCACCUCAAAAAUUCCAAAUUUCCCUGGAUUGGGGAAAAAGCCUAAGGACAAAGAGGGGAAGUCAUCUAAAAAUGGUUACGUUACGAAUGUUGAUAAAGAUAAAAAACUUGGAACGCAAAUACCGUCCAAGGAAAAUAUAAGGGGUAGUCGGUCCAUGCUUAACAACGACUCCCAAGAAGUAGACGGUUCUGUCAACGGCUCUUCGAUGAGAAAAAAAAAUACUACAGCCCUGGAAAGUAACCCCAGCAUGUCAGAUCCGACUACGGUCUUGCUUGAAAGUGAACGAUUAGUAAAAGUUUCUGAGGCUGCAGAAGGUAUUAAUGUGGAGACGUCUUUGACGUUAAGGAACCUCAGUGAGUCUGAGUCGAUGAACAAUUCCGUUCAAGUUAGUUCCGUAUAAACUUGCAGGGUCAAUAAUCAAAACAAUCCAAUAGUCAAAAUUUAAUAUCCUUACGGGCGAAUCGAAGCAAUUAUUGAACGCAGAAGGAAAUCGUCUACUCGUGACGGAAGUUCCGAUCGAAUUGCUUUCAAGCUACCUAAUUGUAAGUAUUCAUUCACACACCAUAUAAUCAUGAAUAAGGCUCCGCAAUCGUUCAUUCCAAUUGACAAGUGUAAGAGCCUGAAUUAAAUAUUGUUGAGUUUAUAUAAAUAUACCUUGGUAAUUGUAGCUAUCAUUAUCGGAUGAUGUUGUUAAGAGGAAGAUAAAAUUUUAUUCUCCAUUCGGUUGCAAUCAAUUUUGUAGCCAGUGAGUUCUCAGCGGCUUCCGUACUUUUUGGAAGUUGUAGUCGAUUGUACAUUGAUCUAUACAGAAAAACUUCCUAUAAAUUAUAAUUAGUAUUUACGUAGUGGCGCGGCCCUGCUGAUGAUGACGAUAAUGAGUUUAAACUCCAUCGGCGUGUGUAUAUUUACAAGUAAAUAUUGGCCGACAGGAGCACAUUGAAUGAGGUGAUCGAAAAAUUGAUUCAUUUGAGGUGAAUGGUUUUUUUAAUUAUAUUUAUUAGCCUGUUUUUUCUUGAUCAUUUUUUCUAUUUACUGCUGGCACUAAAACUUAUAUGUUUAUUAUUUUAUAACAUGGUGUCAGAUAACGAUUACUGUUAGACACGUGAAAUAUGGUCAGUAAUUUUAGCUAUAAAAGACAUAAUUUGGGCAGAAGUGAUGUAAAAUAUAAACAGUAAAAUUAUUUUCGGACAUCUCCGCCAAUGUUAUUCCUUUUCUGGGGUAGGAAUGUCUGGCAUCUGAAUGAUCCAACGAUACAAACUUAAUUGAUUAUCAAUCGGUGUCAUAUUACUCGUGUAUAAUGUAUCCGUUAUACAGAACAUAAUCUCAUUACAUUCCUCCCUUUUGUUGUUAUUAUUUUGUACCAGUGUGCUUAAAACCAGUUUAACUUCGGGAUUAGAUUCUUAGAUUCUCCGAUUCAUGUCUGCAAUCUGAGAUCUUAUCAAUGGUUAAAUAAAAUGUCUUUUAGAUCUUCGUGCUACACCAGGGCUGUGGACACAAUACCGUUAAUUGCUAUACAAGUUGUUACAUAUAUAUUCCUUACAAUGCCAUGUUUGGCAAAUGUGAGCAUUUAUUAUACCGUUAUAUCGGUAUCAGUGUUGAACUUUUCAGAGUAAUAUUUUUUUCAGGAUUUAUCGUACUCAGAAGCAUUUCAAAAUUUUAAUAUUGUUACUAUAUUCGAUUUGAUGACGUGACGUCUGAAUCCUUAACAGUGUCAACAUGGAUAAUCAUUGAAAAUUUCUCUAUUGUAAUUCAUUAUUUAUAAUCGUAGAUUCCUGUACAACUAUAUGGCUUCUUGAAAUAAACUAUAGCAAUCGA